AUGAUCCCCGUUUCAUCAGGGAAACCGUGCCAUGUGGAAGGUGGCUGCAAGAACCUGCAGGCCCCCUUGGUAGAAAUGACGAUGUGUCCAGGAAUGUACACCCACUACACGCACUCCUCGUGCCGUGACUGGGAUCACGCCUACUGCGGCCGCAACGGUUGCAUUAGGCGUGGGUCAGGAGCGGUGCCCGCGGGCACGGGGGUACAGCAGUCCGUCGGUGAGCCCCCUUCUGGUGGGUUGGUGUCCGCAGCUCGGGCUUCAGCCGCGGGUCAGGCGAUCCUGAACACGUCGCAGUGCGCCGCUGGCGGUCGAUGCAACCAAGGAGGACAUGUCGCCUUGAGCGGCCGAUGCCAUUCAUGCGAGGCUCCUUGCCACCUGGUAUGCAUGCAAGUGGUCAACGAGGGCCACGCCUGCACGUCCUGCCGUCCCGAGCAAGCAGGUGGGGCCAACGGCGGAGAAGCAAGCAAAGGAAAGGGGAAGAACCGCACGCCACAAGCGGAUCCGCACACAGCAACUUCCACUACCGCUUCCUCCGCGGCAAUCUCCACACCAUGUGAUCCUCGCUUAGACGGCGGAGUUUAUGCCAGCUCCCGCAAAUCGCCUCCUGGCCCCGGGCACAACGCGGACCUGGAAUGCGACGGGCGGUCCUCGAAGGCAGAAGAUAUCGAGCUCCCCCAGGAGGGUCUGGACGGCUACGCGAAGAGCGACCUGGCGAAGACCGUCAAGGACAUUCUCAAGGAGAUUUUGUCCAAGGCGGUUGAGGAUCGUCUCUUCGAGGAGGCUGUCUUGAAGAAGGUGGAGAAGAAGAAACCCGACGUGCACCCCACCAAGAAGGCAUUGGACAAGGUCGUCACCGCCAACGGCGCGUGCGUGUUGGGUAUCCUGAAAUCCUCCCUGGCUCCCGAACUCCAGGCAGCCACGAAGAGCCUGACCUCUGCGACGACGAAGCUGAAGGAGGGGCUGGAGCAGGCUGCAGGUGCCGCGACGGGUACGGCGGGCAAGAAGACCCCCGCCAAGGGCAAAAAGGCCACCGCUGGAGCGGCAGACAAAGAGAAUGGGAGCACCCCUUCAAAGGUGACGCUGGACGGUACGCAACAUGCAAAGCUGGUCGACGACGUUGCCGCAAAAGUGUAUGGAUUGAUCGAACCUCGACUGAUGGCCAUGGCCCAGUACAUCGUUCGGACUGUUUCCGGCUCACAACCGGCUGCGACGCCCCCGGACCCGACACCCAUCCGGCGCUCCAAGAAGGCGCCGUCGAAGUCGUCGAGGAGCAAGAAGCACAGAAAGGUCCCAUCACCGUCACCGUCUUCCACCGACCCGUCGUCUUCCUCGAGCGACGCCGAGACGCCCUCUCCUCCCAAGAAACAGAAGCGGGGCCGCCCGAAGUGCGUAGAAGAUGGUUUUGUUUGGUUGAGAUUCCGGUGUCGAUGUUCUGCGAGUCUUGGGUGGACAAUAUUCCGUUCGCAAGAGAACGGAUGGUUACCCCCCUGUAACACAUGUUGUUCCCUUUCCUUUGCGGUCGAUUGACGCGUGAUUGCCCACACAAUACACAGGAAGCAGACACUGGCAGCGACCGACAUGAACCAGCAGGCCGUCCCACCGGCUGCCGCUCACCAGGCCGUCCCACCGGCUGCCGCUCAACCCAUGCAAGCGCCUGCCCACGCAUACUACGGCGUGCCCCCCGGCUUUCAUGCAGCACCCCGCCUACCACCCACGGCAUCAGCGGCGAGUUUCAUACCCCAAAACUCCAGCUGGAUGAUGCACAACCUCUUCUAGGCUUUUUGUCGGAACAGCAGUGACGUUCGCGUCACAUAUCGCAUCUUGGUAGUGUGUGUUUUCUUCGAAACGUCCAGCACGAUUCUAUCUAGUUGUGGGGUAUUUCCGUUCGCAGUGUGGUGGCAUGUUGCUGUAUUUUCCCAUGCGGGAACAUGAACGUAGAAAAAUAUUAGCGCUUUGGGAUUAGCGUUGACGCGGUUAUUUUUUUUUUCCCUAUCCGCGCAAGGAGCUCCCGUUUUUUUGAACAUUUUUUUUUUUUUUUUUGUACAGUUUGAGGUCGCUCGGUCUUACAAAUAGCUCAAUAAUGGACGAAUAGCCCGCAAGAACCACGACACGCCCCAAAAAUAAUAAGAAAAUCGGGAUCGUAUGCGUUCCCAUGUUUCUAGCGCCCGGAUGGACGCCAUGGAAAGCGCGAAAAAGUAGGUAGUUUCCUGUAGGCUUUGAAAUCCAGACCUCGGGGGCACACACGAAGUCAACACGUUGCUCUUGUCUUGUGUUGGUGUGUUGGUUCCUUGCUCGUAUUCGUGAAAUGUCCGUUGUAACCAAGGUGAUGAAAGACAAUGACACCUCAUUUCGUUGGCUUCAUUCAGCUGUGUAUCCAGCAUAAACCCUUGGGACGCCAAGCACUUGCAUACAUCUGUUUUUCGUGCCUACCACCUUGCCACAAAACCACGAGGGGGGGGGGAAGCUGACACACGAACGAAACGCGCGCGUUGGUUCUAGCUGCACAAGCGAAUAGACCGGUACGUCAUACACCCCGUGCACGAGUCAACUGCGAGUCAACUCUCUACUGCCCACCCAGGGAGGCGAGGAUCUGGGAUACAACCCAUGCGGGUUAGCCUGCGUGGAUGUCUGGCGAAGUUCCAAAGACAUCUUGCCCAUUGGCCACGCGUCCAAUCGUAAGAUUACGCUGCAGUCACAUCCCGCAAGGGCGAUGUAUGGUCGUUCCAAAAAGAACCAACAGACUGCCAAACGGCAACAACACCGAACGAU